UUCACAUUUGCAGAUAUCUAACAAUAAAGCUUUUUAAAUAAGUGAAUUAUGUUUUUCAACAUUUGCUUCUUGUAAAUCUGCAACAAGGCAAACUACCAUUUGAGAGGAAUUAUUAGCUUGGAAGUAAAGAAAAAGUUGAAAAAUCAAUUCUUUAGAAAUUGAAGGCUGGUUCGAGGUUGGAGAUUCAAUGGAAAAAGAAGGAAAGCCAUCGGAGGUGCCACUUGAGGAAAAAAGAAGAAGAAUCAGGAAUCUUAUUGAUGAUUUAUUGAAUGGGUUGAAGAAAAUUCAGAAUGAAGAAGAAGAAGAAUUCCUUGAUUCAAAAUGGUAUGACAUUGAAAAGCUAAGAAUGGAAGUGAGAUUCUUAAGAACAUUUGUCCUGUUUGGGAAUUCAAGUUUGGGCAAGGACUUUUAUGAGAGGAUGUCCAACAAAAUAAACAAGUUCAGUGUUAUGACUCAGUCACUACUUAAUGAUGAAGUAAUUCUAGAGAAAUACAACAUGGAUGGUGUUGUCCCUCUGCUGCUGGAAGAGAUGCAAAGUUAUUUGAGUUUAAAGAACGAUAAUUAUGUAGCAAUGACCACAGAGGAGAAAAUGUUUGAAUACCUCUGGAUAGACCUUCAUGAUCUACCAAACAGUACUUCUUAUUCGGAUGAUGACUUUUAUGAGAGGAUGUCCAAGCAAAUAAACAUUCUUCGCCAAGUAUUCCGUCGUCUGACAGAUUUCUAUCCUAUCCUCCUGGCCAACAAAACAACUACUACUCAAUAUCUCUUUCCUCGCUUCCAAUUCAUCGCCCGUAAAUUUCUACAAUUCUAUUUUGAUAUUUGGACUGGAAAGUAUAAACCAAGUUAUGAAGCUGAUGAGUACUCUUCCAAAGUCUCUUCUCUACUCAUCAAGAUAAUCCCUCUUGAGCUGGAGGUUCUAUACAUUUCUACUUCUAAGCUCAUAAAAGAAUCAACGUCAACUCAAUUAAAACGGUUUGUGAAGCAAAUCCUGAAAGCAUCUCCAAAGAUUCUUCAAAAUUAUCUCAUUCAUCUCCAAGGACGCAUGGUAGCUGUCAAUUACUCUCAAACUCAAAGUAUUAAUGUCAUGAUCGAGUUCCUAUUGAUCUUUCUCACCGAUAUACCAAAGCGCUUUAUCCAUCCUGAAAAAUUGAACGAUAUGUUGGCACAUGUCGCACUACUUACAAGGAAGAUAUCUACUCUCAUGGAGGAGAGCUCUAAUAUGGAUGAAGCAAAUUUUUCAGCUCCAGACUUGUUGCAAGAAAUUGAACGAAUGAAGGGAGAUAUCAAAAAGAUUUUUUUGAAAGCCCCGGAUCAGUUUCAUGUGGAUGAUGGUUUCCUCUUCAUGAAUCUUCUACUCAGACAUUUAAAUGAUUUGCUCAUUUCCAAUGUCUAUUCAGUUAUGCUGAUAAAGAAAGAAAUUGGGAUGGUGAAAGAAAGCCUCGAAUUCCUAAGAUCAUCUUUCAUGAAAGUCAGGCAAACAUUGGAUGACAGUAGUGGAGUAGUUAAAGAUUGUUGGGUGCGUGCUUUAGAUGUGGCAUAUGAGGCAGAACAUGUCAUUAAUUCCAUUCUUGUCAGAGAUAAAGCUCUCUCGCAUCUCAUCUUCUCACUUCCGAGUGUCACUGAUAAGAUCAAGCUUAUCGUGGCAGAAGUCACAUGUUUACAGCUGGAAGAUAAGAAUGGGGAUGGCCCCCUUGAUGCAAAGUCUUCCAACGAGCCAAUUGAGUCAACCUCGUCAUCUUUUGUUGAGGUAACAGUUGGUCAUGAAGAAGAUGAAGCCAAGAUGAUUGACCAGCUCCUUGAUAAACAUGAAUCCGAGCUUGAUGUCAUUUCCAUUGUCGGAAUGCCAGGACUCGGUAAAACUACUCUGGCCAACAAAGUGUAUAACAAUACAUUAGUUGCUAGUCAUUUCAAGAUUCGUGCUUGGUGCACUGUUUCCCAAAAGUAUAACAAGUCAAAGGUGUUGCGGGAGAUUCUUCAGCAAGUUGAUAACUCUGAAGAAAACGAAAGUGAGGAUCACGACCUUGCUGAAAAGCUACGAAGAGCAUUGUACGAUAAAAGGUACCUCAUCGUCUUGGAUGAUGUGUGGGAUAUUGCAACAGGGGAGAUGUUAAUAGCAUGUUUUCCAAAGUUUAAGAGAGGAGAUAGAGUUAUCUUAACUAGCCGAAAUAGUGAGGUAGGUUUGAAACUGAAAUGCCAUAGUGAUCUUCUCUGCCUUCAACUUUUAACAUUUGGAAAAAGUUGGGAGUUAUUCGAAAAAAUGGUAUUUGGAAAAGAAAGCUGCCCUGCUGAACUGUUGGAUGUUGGACACCAAAUAGUUAAGAAAUGUCAAGGGCUUCCUUUGGCUGUUGUUUUGAUUGCUGGAGUAAUUGUUAGAGGAAAGAAAGAGGAAAAGGAUUUGUGGCUUAAGAUUCAACAUAAUUUGGAUAUUUCUGCCAACAACAAUUUAGAGAUUAUGAAGGUUAUGCAAUUAAGUUAUGACCAUUUACCAUACCACCUGAAGCCGUUGUUGCUUUACUUUGCAAGAUCUCGAAAGGGCAAACGAACUCCAGUCUCUAAGUUGAUGCAGUUGUGGAUGGCUGAAGGUUUUCUGGACCAUGAUAUCCGAUCCAAGAAUAGUUUAGAGGAAGUAACUCAAAGUUACUUGGAUGCUUUAAUUUCCAGUAGCCUGAUAAUGGUGGAUCAUAUCAAGGGGAGUCACCCAUUUUUUGUAAAGAUCAAGGUUUGCUAUGUGCAUGAUGUUGUGCAUGAUUUUUGUUCAGUAAAAGCGAAAAAGGAAAAGUUUUUCACGAUAAUCAAUCCGGGUAAUCGAUUUCAUGUUUCUGAUUUCCUACACCAUCGUCUAACCAUUCAUAUUGAGGAGGGCCAACUCCACAAAAAAUGUGUUUUGUUCAAGUCUAAGAAGUGUUCAUUUGGUAGUAAGCAUCUCAUAUCUUUGAAAGUUAGCGGUUCGCUUCUCCACUUCAGGUAUAUCUGUCAUACAAGACACUUUGGACUUGUUAGAGUGUUGCAACUGGGUAGCAUCCUUUUGAAAGAUUUUUUAAUGGAAGAAAUAGGGUCCCUAUUUCAUUUGAGGUUCUUAAGGAUUCAUACUCUUAAUGGAAAAGCUAUCCCAGAAUCGUGGUUGAACCUCCAGAAUCUGGAAACUCUGUUGAUCAAUACUGGAGAUUCCACCAUGGUAUUACUGCCCAGAAUGUUACAACUGUCAAAGCUGAAACAUGUGAAAAUUGACAUGAGUUGUUUCUUUGAAGAGGAAGAGGACGCGAAAAAAAUCCAAAGUAGAAUAUUGAAAGGUGAGAAUUCAAAGCUGACAACUUUAUCCCAAGUCAAUAUCUCAUAUUCUGUAGGCACGAAUGAUGCUCUGGAGAAGUUCCCAAAUCUUCAGCACCUUGAUUGCACCAUAGUGGAAGCGCAGCACCCUCCUACCCAGGACGAUUGGUUUCCCAAGCUUGAUGUGCUUAAUAAACUUGAAUCAUUCAUAGCAAUAUACUGUUGCCCCGAGUUAAUCCCUCAACCCAAAAAAUAUCACUUCCCUAGCAGCUUGAAAGAGUUACGGUUGUAUCGGUUUACCAUGACACCUGCUUUGUUGUCUGCAAUCGUGGCAUUACCUCAGCUUGAAAUUCUGGCGAUUAUCGACUCUGAUUUAGUGAAGGAUAAGUGGUAUGCAAGUGAGGGCAUGUAUCAAAGUCUUAAGACUUUGAGUUUGCGACUGGUCAACCUUUCAGAAUGGGAAGUUAAUAGGGGAGCUUUUCCCAAGCUUGAGGAAUUAAUACUAGAUAAUUGUUACAAGCUUACGGAGAUCCCUUGUGCAUUUGCGGAUAGAGAAACUUUAAAGUCCAUUCAUUUAAUGAAUAUGAACCGUGAGGUUGAAGAUUCAGCCAUUGAGAUUAAGAAACAGAUAAUAGAAUUCGCAGGAGAGGACAGACUUCAAGUCCAUUUAUCAGAUGUGUUGUAUGAAUUAUAGAAGCUGAAGAAGAGGAUGAAACAGAGAAUGCCCAAAGGACACAAGGAUAGAACAACAAUGAUGAAAGAAACAACACAUGCAUUUGCAGUCUCAGUUCAUCUGCGUGGUUCUGGAGAUGCUCAAAAUUAAUGUUUUGAGAGUUUUCUUUCAUGUUUUUUUGUUAGUUAUGAAUCUUAUUUCGUCUCUAAUCUCUGAUAUAAGAUUCUAGUUUUUUU